AUGUUAGGUCGUGCAUCGGUUAUAAACUGGGCACCACCCGCCACUACGCCGCCCACUCAGCCAGAUGUCUUGACUCCGACUGUCAUCUCGUCUCGCAGUCGCCGUGCGGACACAUCUACUCCCCCGCCUCAAGCCUCAUCAUCCGCGCCUCGCACACAGAUUAUUGUUACCCCGCCACCCGCACAGACCACCACGACACGGUCCAACGUGACAUCCCCCGCUACCACCGCACCAUCGAGGCCAGAUUCGCCAUUGCCGAACGAGGAAGGUGUCGCUUAUACAGAGAAUACUCCUAAAAACAUAAAACGUAAAAAGUCACGCAUGCAAAGGGUUAAUACGCCGGGCUUUAUCGAAAUUGAAUCUUCGCUCAGCCGCGCGAUUUGGUCUUCUCUAUUAAAAAUAAAUAAAUAA